GGGCGGUUGAUAAAGUCACGCUCACAAUCUGAGCAGGACAAACUGAGCUGUGUGGUUGUACAAUGUGUGUAUCAUGUUUCCUUCUGACAUGGAAAUUUUCUUACUGACAUUGGAACAGUCUCACAACGAGGGCGAAACUGGUUAAGACAGGAAGGAAAGUAGCUUUGUGUCUUCUUCGUGUGCUCGCCAUGUGGGGCUACAGUGCUGUUUCAUGACCGUGAGCUUCAGCACUCCACUGCAGCCAGGUAACAAGUCUAAAAUGGACUGGCUGAAACCUUUAAGCUCCAUCCACAUCUGAAGGCUUCAGACCUCCAACAGGAUGGAUGUCCUUCCAAACACCAUCUCCAUGUCCAACCACAUACAUGGAGAUGAGAUCUCAUCUGUCCCUCCUCCUGCCAUGUCUAUCGAUAAACUCUUGCCUGCUCUACUUGAGUGUUUUGGGAUCAUACUGUGUGGCUACAUCGCUGGUCGGGCCAAUAUCAUCACCUCCACCCAAGCCAAAGGUCUGGGGAACUUUGUGUCAAAAUUUGCCCUACCAGCACUGCUGUUUAAGAACAUGGUGCUGCUGGACUUUGGCGAUGUCAUCUGGCCAUUUCUUUGGAGCAUCUUAGUGGCCAAACUGGCUGUCUUCUUUGUUGUGUGUGUACUGACGUUACUGGUGGCCAGCAAGGACAGCCGAUACUCCAAAGCUGGACUUUUCUCCAUAUUUGCCACCCAGAGUAAUGACUUUGCCCUGGGAUACCCUAUAGUUGAAGCUCUGUACAGAAACACCCAUCCAGAGUACCUGCAGUAUAUCUACCUGGUGGCACCAGUCUCCCUCAUGGUGCUCAAUCCUAUUGGCUUUGCAUUCUGCGAGGUCCAGAAAUGGAGACGUGAGCAACGGCAGCAGCAGACUAAGCUGCAUGUGAUCGGGAUGGUCUUUAUUCACGUUGUCAAGAAUCCCAUUGUUUUCAUGGUGGUAAUUGGGAUUGCAGCACACUUUGUCCUUGGCCCAAAGAUCCCAGAUUUUAUGAAGGAGUUUGUGGAUGGUUUGGCCAACUCUUUUGGAGGAACAGCUCUGUUUUAUCUGGGUCUGACCAUGGUGGGGCAGCUGAAGAAACUAACCAGGUCCACUGUGGUGGCUCUCAUACUGCUCAUCACUGCCAAAUUACUGGUGAUGCCUCUGAUUUGUAGAGGCAUGGUGGAGAUUUUGGACAGAGGGAAUAUUAGCUCUCAAAACCAGAGCAGUCUCUCUAACUAUGCUUUCCUGUAUGGCGCUUUCCCCACUGCACCCAGUGUGGCCAUUUACGCCAGUCAUUACAACAUGGAGCUGCAGGUGAUGACAUCAGGGAUGGUGAUCAGCACGUUCCUCUCUGCUCCUAUAAUGUACGUCUCUGCAUGGCUGCUGACUAUUCCCUGGAUGGAUCCCAAACCACUAGAAUCAGCACUACAGAACAUUAGCUUUAACAUCAGCAUUGUCAGCCUAUUUGCUCUAGUGUGGUGUGUUGCUGUCAGUGUAAUGAGUAAGAAGUUCCGCAGACGUCCGCAUAUGUUUACCAUAAAUCUGUUUGUGGCACAGCUGGGCGUAUGUGUAGGUAUGAUCGCUUGGGAUUUUGUGGUGGUUAAGGAUAACUUCAUUGGUCAGGUUUUGACCUUUAUUCUACUCUAUGGCUCGCUCUACAGCACUUACAUUUGGCCAGGUCUGAUAGCUCUCUCUCUGUUCUUGCUGAGGAGAGAUGAGGAGCUGAAGGUGCAGCCUGGUGUUUUAAUGCUAAUUGGUUGGGGAGUGCCAGGUGUAGCAAUAAGCAUCCUGCUCAUGGUGGGAGAAAAGAUGCCAGACACCAUUGACUCUGCCUUCUUUUUCGGCCCAGCACAGGUUGUGUGUACAGUGGUCGUAUUGGGUGUAGGUAUAGCUGUAGCUGGAAUCUCCCUCAUGCUGCUCAGCAGAGGCACACACGAAUAUCAAACUCUUGAGCAUAGCUCACUAAAUGGCACUGCAGAGGACCUCAGGACUGACAGCAAUACACAACCCCAAAGCACUUUUGAGCAGACCACCAUAGAGCAUGGUAAUAAGAGAGGGUGUCAGGAAUGUGAGUGUAACUUGUCGUCAGUUCAGGCUGUACCUAAUAAUAUUUGUAACAACAGUGCGCAGGACACACCAUCUAUACAGCCAGGUCAGUGUGGGAACUGCUGUGGGAACUCCUCUCAUUGUUUGCUGGUAGAAGAGGAACAGAAGCAGCAGACUGCAGACAGACAGGUGGCCAGACAUGUACUGCUCUGUCUGCUUCUCACUGUCAGUCUCCUGGCUAAUAUCUCCAGCUACCUCUGGUGGCUCUUCAGUCCAGUUCCAGGCAGACUCUACUUAGAGCUGCAAUUCUUCUGUGCUGUGAUCAACUUUGGACAGGGUUUUAUAUCAUUUGGCAUUUUUGGUCUUGACAAACAUUUAAUCAUUAUACCAUUUAAAAAGAGGAUAGCACGUCUGAUGUGGACUCAGGGACAGGAGGCAGCAGGUUCCUCUAAUGUGUCUGAAGAGAUCAGACUCACCUGCAGUCAGUUUCUCAAGUACCACAAAGAACAAUGUGUCCAGGACAUUGUCCAGACAAAGAGGUGUGGGGAGCACAGUGUAGCACACACAUUUCUUGGCAGUGAAAUGGUGCUGUGGCUGCAGACUGUUGGAUUGGCCAGUGACCAGGGGGAGGCACUGCUCUACGGCUCCCGCCUGCUGGAAGGCGGAGUCAUCCACCACAUCACUCAUGACUACGAUUUCCAAGAUGACAACCUGCAUUACUGUUUCACAGAGGGCUCUGUGGUCCCUCACUAAAACCGGAUGAAUAUUGUACCCACGAAAUAAAAAUGUUGGUUUAGGUUUCAGUCUGUUGAAUAUAACACCUGACUUAACCUUUAGUGUGAUUUAUGACUUGGUGUGUAUUACACUUGGUGUAGACUGACUUGUUUACAGGAUGAAAAGGGAUGCAAUUAACCAUGUGCUGCUUUGAAGAGUAAACUAUAAUAUGUACAUAACUUAACAUAUUAAGUUGUACAAGGCUACAGUGCACUGAAUAUUUAAAAUGCAAUGCAAGACUAUCAGAGCUUUAAGAAAGCCAUUAGACAUCCUUUUAUAUGUAUCUUAGUAUAUAAGGUAUAACAACUACUUUGCACUGACAAUAGACGUCUUCCAUUAAGGCACACUUUUCAGCUAAUAUUUCCCUAUUACAGGUCUAGCAGAUUAACAUUCUGUAUGGACAUUUUUACAGAUUAUGAUUUUUUUUUUUUUGGACUAUUCAAACACAUGUUGUGGUAUGUGUACACUAGUGAAUUAUUUCUGAGGUCUUCCACAAUGAUCAGUACAAAAAAUGUUUAUACAGAUACACUCAGGGGGAAAAAUGUUUUAUUUAUUUAUAAUAUUCAUUAUUAUUUCUGACUUUUUAAAGGUUAGGAUUUCAAUUAUGUUGCCAUACAUUGUCAUUUAUCCCAUUAUUCAGAGUUCAAAACACAUUCAACCACAUAACUCUAAUAUACAACUAUAAUAUAUAACUCUAAUAUAACACAUUGUAUGAGUGUGCCAUACUAGUACAUAUAUUGUUAAGUUUUUAGUGAUCAGUGAUGUUCCUAUGAAGGCUGAGGAAGAGGGUCUGUUAAUUUGUUGUGUGUUAAAAUAACCCUCUUAAAAGAUCAAACCUAAACAUUAGUUGCAGGGAUUCGAGCAGCAUUUCAGCAUGUCUAACGUUAGCGCUAUGUAAAACCGCAACACUGUCUGUAAGAAACAUGCUUAUCUGCUAAUAGUAUUUUUGGUGCUUUAUUUAUUAGAGGUACAGUUGUUUUCAUGUUUACAUUGCAUAUCCCUAAUAUUUAAUUUGGGUAUCAAAUAAACCAUUUUUUCAAAGUGCA